UAGAUUUUCUCCCUCACUCCUUCACCUUAUCCCCUCCAAACCCCUUCUCUCUUUCAUCAUCGGUUAACGACUUAAACGAUACGUAAAGCCAUAAGCAUCCCCUCUGCCCCAUCUCUCCUCGAAAAUGGCCACAGCAGCACCCAUAUUCGACUCCACCUUGGGAAACCACCAUCACUCUCUUUCUGUUUCACCAUUUACUUCCAAUUUCAUCUUCAACUACAGAAACAAAACCUACCCUUCAAUUCCCCAUGUGGGUUCUUCGUUCUUGAGUGGGAAGUCCCUUAGAGUGGUUCAAAUUGGAGCCAAAACACCCAGAUUGGGAACUAGGAGGAAGAAAAGGGUGGGUGUUACAGCUUCAUUAGGGGGUCUUUUAGGUGGAAUUUUUAAAGGGAAUGAUACAGGAGAGUCCACUAGGCAGCAAUAUGCUGCGACUGUUACGACUGUUAAUAAGUUGGAACCCACCAUGGCUGCAUUGUCUGAUACUGAGCUGAAGGAAAAGACUUUUGCUUUGAAGGAACGUGCCUCUCAAGGCGAAUCUUUGGAUUCUCUUUUGCCUGAGGCGUUUGCUGUUGUAAGAGAAGCCUCCAAGAGGGUCCUUGGACUUCGUCCUUUUGAUGUCCAACUAAUAGGUGGCAUGGUUCUUCAUAAGGGAGAAAUAGCUGAAAUGAGGACUGGAGAAGGGAAAACACUUGUUGCUAUUUUACCAGCUUAUUUGAAUGCAUUAAGUGGAAAAGGAGUUCAUGUGGUUACUGUCAACGAUUAUCUGGCUAGACGAGAUUGCGAGUGGGUUGGUCAAGUUCCUCGCUUUCUAGGGUUGAAGGUUGGCCUAAUUCAACAGAAUAUGACAAGUGAACAGAGAAGGGAAAACUACUUGUGUGAUAUUACUUAUGUCACCAAUAGUGAGCUAGGUUUUGACUACUUGAGAGAUAAUCUUGCCACGAGUGCUGAGGAGCUUGUUUUGAGGGAUUUCAAUUAUUGUAUCAUAGAUGAGGUUGAUUCUAUCCUUAUUGAUGAAGCAAGAACGCCACUCAUCAUAUCUGGAACUGCUGAAAAACCUAGUGAUGCAUAUUACAAAGCAGCAAAAAUCGCUGCUGCCUUUGAGCGAGAUGUACAUUAUACUGUGGAUGAGAAGCAGAAAACUGUUCUACUUUCAGAACAGGGUUAUGAAGAUGCUGAAGAAAUUUUGGAUGUAAAAGAUUUGUAUGAUCCACGGGAACAAUGGGCAUCAUAUCUUUUGAAUGCUAUUAAAGCGAAGGAAUUGUUUCUUAAAGAUGUAAAUUAUAUUAUCCGGGGCAAGGAGGUGCUUAUCGUAGAUGAGUUUACUGGUCGAGUUAUGCAGGGGAGAAGAUGGAGUGAUGGACUUCACCAAGCAGUUGAAGCGAAAGAGGGUUUACCUAUUCAAAAUGAAACUAUAACUCUAGCAUCAAUCAGUUACCAGAACUUUUUCCUCCAGUUUCCUAAACUUUGUGGAAUGACUGGCACUGCAGCAACUGAAAGCACAGAAUUUGAGAGCAUAUACAAGCUUAAAGUUACUAUUGUCCCCACAAAUAAGCCCAUGAUAAGAAAGGAUGAGUCUGAUGUAGUGUUCCGGGCAACUAAUGGAAAAUGGAGGGCAGUUGUUGUAGAAAUUUCUAGAAUGAACAAGACAGGCCGUCCAGUGCUUGUUGGCACAACAAGUGUUGAGCAAAGUGACUCAUUGUCGGAGCAAUUGCAGCAAGCUGGGAUCCCCCAUGAGGUUCUCAAUGCAAAACCGGAGAAUGUGGAGAGAGAAGCAGAGAUUGUAGCACAGAGUGGUCGUCUAGGGGCAGUGACUAUUGCUACCAAUAUGGCUGGCCGUGGAACAGACAUCAUCCUAGGUGGCAAUGCAGAAUUUAUGGCCAGGCUGAAGCUUCGCGAGAUGCUAAUGCCAAGAGUUGUCAAACCAGCUGGAGGAGUCUUUGUAUCAGUGAAGAAACCUCCUCCAAUGAAGACAUGGAAGGUGAAUGAGAAGUUAUUUCCGUGCAAGCUAUCUGACAAGAACACCAAGUUAGCCGAGGAAGCUGUAGAGUUGUCUGUCAACACUUGGGGCAAGAAAUCUUUAAGUGAACUUGAAGCUGAGGAGCUGCUGUCUUAUUCUUGUGAAAAGGGACCUGCUCAAGAUGAAGUUAUAGCCAAGCUACGAAGUGCUUUUUUAGAAAUUGUAAAGGAAUAUAAGGCCUACACUGAGGAAGAGAGGAAACAGGUUGUGGCAGCUGGUGGGCUUCAUGUGGUGGGGACAGAACGUCAUGAGUCACGACGAAUAGACAAUCAGCUUCGUGGAAGGAGUGGCAGGCAAGGGGAUCCCGGAAGUUCUCGCUUUUUUCUAAGUCUUGAAGAUAAUAUCUUCCGUAUUUUCGGAGGGGAUAGAAUUCAGGGUUUGAUGAGAGCUUUCAGAGUUGAAGACCUACCGAUUGAAUCCAAGAUGUUGACUAAAGCACUUGAUGAAGCUCAGCGGAAAGUGGAAAACUACUUUUUCGACAUUCGUAAACAGUUGUUCGAAUAUGAUGAGGUCUUAAACAGUCAAAGAGACCGUGUCUAUACAGAGAGAAGACGAGCCCUCAUGUCAGACAAUCUCCAAUCUCUUAUUAUUGAAUAUGCUGAAUUGACAAUGGAUGACAUCUUAGAGGCAAAUAUUGGUUCAGAUGCUCCAAAAGAAAGCUGGGAUCUUGAAAAGCUCAUUGCAAAAGUUCAACAGUACUGCUACUUGUUAAAUGAUUUGACCCCAGAUUUGUUGAGGAGUGAGUGUUCAAGUUAUGAGGAGUUACAGGAUUACCUUCGCCGUCGUGGUCGAGAAGCAUAUUUGCAGAAAAGGGAUAUGGUGGAGAAGCAAGCAGAAGGGUUAAUGAAAGAAGCCGAAAGAUUCUUAAUCUUAAGCAAUAUCGACCGUCUGUGGAAAGAACAUUUACAAGCCCUGAAGUUUGUACAACAAGCUGUAGGCUUACGCGGAUAUGCUCAACGCGAUCCACUAAUCGAAUAUAAGCUCGAAGGGUACAACCUUUUCUUGGAUAUGAUGGCACAGAUACGACGAAACGUAAUAUAUUCGAUAUAUCAGUUCAAACCGGUGAUGGUAAAGAAAGAUGAAGAUGAUAGGUCAGACGAAGUAGUUACAAAUGGUAGAAGCGGUAAUAAAAAACCCGACCCGGUUGGUGCAGUAGAGUCAUCUUCAUCAACUGCCAGUGCCUAGUGUUCUCCUUGUAUCAUUUUCUUAAGAGGGAAAGUGAGAGAUUAUAAGUGCUGUUUUGUUGCAGUCCUAUAUAAUUGAGUAAAGAUUAGAUUUGUAUAGAUUUUUCAAUUUUCAAAAGGGAAAGAAACAUGUCCAGUUUAUUGAACCUUGGAAAAUUACAUAAAAAUCCAACAUUUUUUGCUACAGAUUGAUUAUGUAAUAUUUCAGAGAAGUUUGUACAGUAUAAUAAUUGAUGUCUUCAAAUACAAACUUUGUCGAAAUUUGAUGUAAAUGAUACACGUUAAAUCUAUUAAUUGUAUUUUUU